UUUAGUAAAUAGUAAUUAGAAAAUAGUUAGUUUUCAAUUUCACGCCCAUCAUCUCUCUGACUCACCCAUCGCCGGCGUUCAUCUCCGAUCGUCUCUCCUUCUCAGAAGUCUCUGAUCGUCGCUCGCGCUUGGCUCUCCCUCAUCUUGCGUUGCAUUGUUGUGUUGCCGUCGGCUACUAUACAACUUAUCUCGAGGACAAACUAAUCGGAUUAUUUUUCUCAAGGUAAAUAACUUUGUUUCCACAUUGCUUGAGUGAGUAAAUAUUUUUGCUCAAUUUAGAACUUUUGGACCAUAUUUGAACAAGAUUUAUUCUACAACUUAACCGACUUCUUAGAAUUGUUGAAUGACAUUGUCUUUGCUUUGGUAGUUUUAUCAUUUCAUUCCACUUGGUUUAAGUGAAAAUGAGAGGGUUUCACUCCUUCUCAUAUUGGUCUUCUUCGUUUGUCUUCGAAUCUUACUGUUGUCGGAUUGUGAAUACUAUUAGACAGUUAAUAUGUUACGAAUUAGUUAUCAGUUUUCUUCAACUUCCAGCUUGUUAAAGUAGUUUCAUUUCUGUUACAACCAUUGUUAGAACUCUCAUGUACAGACCUGUAUAAAUACCCUCACUUGUUCAUAAAUAAAAUGAGUGAAAGCUUAUUCAAAACUCUGUUCAAUAUGGUAUCAGAGCACACCCUUUCCUCCAAAAUUUUCUGGUGGCCGAAUUCUGUUCAUACUCUGCCACUAAAACCUUCCGCUGCAAGAAUGACGACUCCGACCAUCAAUGUGUCACACACCUCGCCGAAAAACCAAGAAAAUCCCAAUUCAAAUCAGUCUGAUACCUCCGCCCAAACCUCUUUCGAUCAAAACCAAGGAUAUUUGAAUCCUUAUUUCCUUCAUCACAACGAUAAUACAAACUUAGUACUUGUCACGGAGCAGUUGACUGAGGAGAAUUACGUCUCUUGGAGCCGAGCAAUGACCAUUGGACUCUCUGUGAAGAAUAAGAUUGGUUUCGUUGAUGGAACUAUCGCACGACCAACUGGAGAUCUCCUUCCAGUCUGGAUCAGAAAUAACAAUAUUGUUAUUUCUUGGAUACUAAACUCAGUCUCCAAACCCAUCUCAGCCAAUAUUCUCUUCUCAGAUUUGGCAAGAACAAUAUGGGUAGAGCUCAAGGAAAGAUUCCAAAAGAAGAAUGCCCCAAGGAUAUUUCAAUUGAAACGAUCCCUGGCAACACUAUCACAAAACCAAGACUCCAUUGGCACAAGCUCAACUCCUACUUAUGGAUCCUCUUCCAUCUACAAGCCGAGCCUAUUCUCUUCUCCUAAAAGAAGAACAACAAAGAUCAAUCAGAUCUUUUGCCUCCUCAACAUCUGCAAUGGCAUUCGCAUAGACAAAUGCUACAAAAUCCAUGGAUAUCCUCCUGGAUAUAGAACAAAACAGCAACAGCAGAGAAAUAAUAAUGCUGUUAAUUCAGUAACAAUUCAGAAUGAUGAGAUUGCACCUCAAGGGACCACGGAACUCACUUCAAAUCCAAAGAUUAACAACACUGCAGAAGCCUUGAUACAGUGUCAGAAUCUUCUUAAUCAACUUCAGUGCCAAAUAAAAUGCUUCCAGUCAACAAACUGCCUGUCAUGUAGCAGGUACUUCUUAUUCAUCUCCCUUAUGGAUAAUAGACUCUGGAGCAUCCACUCAUAUCUCUUGUUGCAAGUCUCUUUUUGCAUCAAUUCAACCAUGCUCUACAUCAAUUCGUUUGCCAAACAAACAAGUUUUUGAAGUUAAAAAUGUUGGUACUAUAAAAUUUUCAGAAUCCAUAGAGCUGCAGAAUGUAUUAUACAUACCAGAAUUUUCAUUCAAUAUUAUAUCAGUGAGUGCAUUGACAAAGGACAUGCCAGUAAAUAUUAGCUUCUCUAAUAACACUUGUGUGAUCCAGGACAAGUUCACUUUGAAGAAGAUUGGCAGUGCUGAACUUAUAUACGGUCUCUAUGUCUUCAGUUUUGCAAAAGACUCCACUGUGAUUUACCUGUCUAUGCUGUAACUAAUAAUGAAGCUUCUUUGUGGCAUCAAAGACUUGGUCAUCCAUCUUUUGAUACAUUGAAAUCUCUGCAAAAUUUGUUGCAUUUGAAAUCUUUUUAUUCUCAUCAUUGUACUACUUGUCCAUUAGCCAAACAAAGAAGACUCUCCUUUUCAUCAAAUAAUCAUUUGUCUUGCAAUGCUUUUGAUCUUAUCCACACUGAUAUUUGGGGCCCUUUAUCUACUGCCACUCAUGAAGGUUAUACUUAUUUUCUUACCAUAGUGGAUGACGCUACUCGUUUUACAUGGGUCUUCAUACUUAAACAAAAGUCUGAUGUCAAACUUGUCAUACCUCAGUUUUUUAAGCUUAUUGAAACCCAAUAUGGUAAAACAGUCAAGCAAGUGCAUUCUGAUAAUGACCCUGAACUCAUGUUCACUGAUUUUUUUAAAGAAAAAGGAGUGUUGCAUCAAUUCUCUUGUGUUAGUUGUCCUCAACAGAACUCUGUGGUUGAAAGAAAGCAUCAACACAUACUCAAUACAACCCGAACACUAUUCUUCCAAUCAGGUAUCCCUUUAACCUUUUGGGGAGAAUGCAUACUGACUGCUGUAUUUUUUAUCAACAGAACUCCUUCGAAGUUGCUAAGUUGGAAGUCUCCAUUCCAAUUGCUUAACAACAACUUGCCCAACUAUCAACCUCUAAAGGUAUUCGGAUGUCUAUGCUAUGCUUCCACUUCCACACAAUCGCUCUAAAUUUCAACCAAGAGCAAUACCGGCUGUUCUCAUAGGCUAUCCACAAGGCAUGAAGGCAUACAAACUAUAAAACAUUGACCAAAAGAAGUUUUUUAUCUCAAGAGAUGUAAUUUUCCACGAGGAAAUCUUUCCAUUCAAAGGUUUCCAUAUUUCACAUCCCAUGGAAGAUCCAUUUCCAGGUUUUUCCCUACCUAAAGCCUUCCAUGAGUCUACUAACUAUCAUCAUCCCUCACCGAUUACACCAACUGUUCCUUCCCUAUCAAUUCUCAAUUAUGACAGCACCUCAGAACCCAUAGAUCAGCCCACAAAUGAACCAUCCCUAAACCAACAACAUGACCAAAAUCCAUCUCAAACUUCUAACCCCAUAGUGAGAAGAUCAACUCGUGUCACCAAACAACCCUCUUAUCUACAAGCCUACCACUGCAGCCUCCUUACCUCACAAACUUCCCACCAAGACUCCACUAAAUAUCCUUUAAACCAAUAUCUAUCAUACUAAGCCCUCUCCCCUUCCUUCAAACAUUCAAUACUACAAAUGUCCACCUUAAAAGAACCUACCUUUUAUCAUGAGGUUGUGAUACAUGAUGAUUGGAAAAGGGCCAUGGAAGUCGAACUAAAGGCUAUGGAAGCCAAUCAUACGUGGAGCAUAGUACCCGUACCAACUGGCAAGAAUACUGUUGGCUGCCGGUGGAUAUACAACAUUAAACAAAAAGCUGAUGGCACCGUUGAACGUUAUAAAGCCAGACUUGUUGCAAAAGGCUUUACACAGCAAGAAGGUCUGGAUUACUUUGAAACCUUUUCACCUGUAGCCAAGAUGGUCAUUGUCAAAACAUUGUUAACUAUUGAUGUAUCGAAGAACUGGCAACUGACUCAGCUAGAUGUGAAUAAUGCCUUUCUCCAUGGAGACUUGUUUGAGGAAGUGUACAUGGACUUACCACUUGGUUAUAAACCAAAUAUCACCAUUCAGAGGGAGAAAAUGGUCUGCAAACUUCACAAGUCCAUAUAUGGUCUGAAACAAGCCUCUCGUCAAUGGUUUGCUAAGUUCUCUCAGUUUCUUAUCUCAAUAGGUUUCUGACAAUCAAAGGCAGAUUAUUCACUCUUCAUAAAAAGCCAAGGUAACAAUUUUCUUGCCCUACUUGUUUAUGUUGACGACAUUAUUAUCACGGGAGCAGAUAACGACCUCAUCUGUAAUCUUCAAACUGAACUCAACCAUAAAUUCCCACUCAAAGACUUGGGAUCCCUUAAAUUCUUUCUUGGCCUCGAACUAACUUGAUCUUCAACCGGCAUACUCUUGUCACAGAGACAUUACGCCUUGCGUUUAUUGGAAGAAGCAGGCUUACUUGGUGCCAAACCAGCCUCAAUACCUAUGAAUCCCAUUGUCAAAUUAAAGAGUUCGGACAAAGACCUUCUCCAAGACCCAACUGCUUAUCGGAGAUUAGUUGGGAAGCUUCUGUAUUUGACCAUUUCAAGACCUGACAUAACGUUUUCUGUUCACAAACUUAGCCAGUUCAUGGCAAAACCCAACAAGACACAUAUGGAUGCCGCAAAUCAUCUCUUGAGAUACAUCAAAGGCUCACCUGUCAAGGAAUCUUCUUGUCCAAAACAGAUGAUUUAUCCCUAAAAGCUUUUGCAGAUGCGGAUUGGGGAUCAUGUCCUGACACUCGUCGCUCAGAUACUGGGUUUUGUGUCUUCCUUGGAAAGUCUUUAGUAUCAUGGAAGCCAAAGAAACAGCAAACAGUUUCUCGGUCAUCGGCUGAAGCAGAGUACCGAGCAUUGGCAACAGUAUCCUGUGAAGUUAUAUGGCUCAAAAGUCUCCUUAAAGAACUUCAAAUUGAAGUAGAUACGCCAGCCGUUGUUUACUGUAAUAAUCAGGCUGCCAUUUACAUAGCUAAUAACCCUAUGUUUCAUGAGAGAACCAAGCACAUAGAACUAGAUUGCCACUUUGUCCGAGAUAGAGUCACUGAUGAAUCCAUCAAACUACUCCCUAUUCGCUCUACUCAUCAACUUGCUGAUGCUCUCACUAAGCCCCUCAAUGCCACAACCCUGUCUCUUUACAUAUGCAAGAUGGAAGUCAAAGACAUAUUUUCUCCAUCUUGAGGGGGAGUAUUAGACAGUUAGUAUGUUAAGAAUUAGUUAUCAGUUUUCUUCAACUUCCAGUUUGUUAAAGUAGUUUCAUUUCUGUUACAACCAUUGUUAGAACUCUCAUGUACAGACUUGUAUAAAUACCCUCACUUGUUCAUAAAUAAAAUGAGUGAAAGCUUAUUCAAAACUCUGUUCAAUAAAUACAAUUAUGUAUAUUAUUUAUUUAA